AUGGAGUCGUCUCCCCGUAGCGCAGGCCCGCGGCUGCAGCCAGCCCAUCAUGUGCAGAUGCGGCCUGUGGCUCCGAGACUGCAGGUCUCCAACUUUCAGUUUACAGAGGGCAACGCCGCCUCUACAUACGGCGCGCCGGCCCUGAACAGAGGCUUCAGCGCCAAUCCUGCCUUUGUGCCUUUCGAGGCCAAUAACCGCAACAGCUAUCCUCUCCACCAGCCGACAACGCUGGCGUUUCCAAUGCAACGCAACGCAUCCAUCCAUUCGGAACCCGGCAUGCCCUUACAAGGCCCCCAUGGCCAUGGCCAAGGGGCAAUGGCGCUGGCAUCAACCUACCACCCUCAAAGCAUUGAGGGGCUUUCUGUUGCACCGUUUGAUGGGGUCAACGAGAACUCUCUUUCUCUCAUCUCCCCCAACAUUGGUUUAAACCCAGGGACAUACCUAUCUACCACGGGAACAAACCUGUCUCCCGAUGACAUGCCCUUGAGCGAUAUGCCUUCAGCUCCUCCCUCAAUGGUCUCGGCAUCCUCAGUUGGUGAUCUACCGUAUCCCAUGACCCGCGAAGGCAGUCAUGUUCAAGCCAGCCCUAGCUUCAUGCACAGAAUGCCCUCGUUCUCGUCCUUCAAAGAAGAACCACACUUUGGCCAAGGGGCAUCCGAUUAUUCUCAGCCAAACAGCCCAUGGAAGCCAUCAAACCUAGAUACUGAUCUCUUUGCCAUCGGCAAUGGCAUUACUUCUUCUCUUUUUAAACAAUACGAUGCUUUAGAAAAUCAAUCACCACCAUUCCCUUCCUCUGCUUCGAUGGAAAGAGAAACCUCGAAUAUCAGCAUCAAGAGCACAAAGUCGACGGCCUCUAAUUUGGAGCGUCGUUUCAAAGCGGCUACGGAGCGCGUCAUCCAAACUAGCAAAGAUACUGUUAUUGCCCCUAUGCCUCAGCCCCUGCCCCCAAACACGGCCACCUCUUUUAUCCUUGGGGAAGGGCGCACCCUCCAAGAAGACAAUAAAAACAAGCCAAAGUCGAAGCCUCCCAAGCUGUGCCCACACUGCAAUGAAUAUCCUAAUGGUUUUCGGGGCGAUCAUGAGCUUCGACGCCAUACUAAAGCCAAACAUAGGAGUAUCGUCAAGAAGUGGAGAUGCCGCGAUCCUACCAAGUUUGGUAUUUUUACUGAACUCAGGACCCUUUAUUCACUUUCCAAGUGCAAGGCCUGCGCAUCGGGGAAGCUGUACGGCGCAUACUAUAAUGCGGCUGCCCAUCUUCGACGCACACAUUUCACAGUCAAGCCUACCCGAGCAAGGGGUGGUUCGUCUAACAGGAACGGAGGCAGAGGAGGCGGCGAUUGGCCCGCCAUGAAGCAUCUCAAGCUGUGGUUCGAAGAGGUUACUGUCGAAGGUGACGGAUCUGAUUCACUUGGCACGGCUGCUGAAUCCUCAGACAAGUGCUCUCCUUCCCACAGAGUUGGAGAGGCCGAACUUAUUCCCGAUACACAGAUGCCAGAUGCUGUUGGCCAGUUGAAAGACACCGAUACAUACAACGAUUUUUUUAGCCCUGACUUGGCUUCUAUGGAUAUCAUACCUGCCGGUUACUUGGCUCAAUCUAGCCAGGCAGCUUCUGGUCUCAACAUGAUGGUGUCUGGACUGAACGACAAUGACAUUGGGAUGGACACUUCGUCGCAAGACUCGAUUCUGGCUUCAGAUCUCCAAGAUAUGGACUUUCUUCCCUAUGGCCAAUGUAUAAAUCAUACGGAGAAUGAAGGGAAAAUACCUUAUGACUUAUUCAUACCAGACAUGUCAUACUCUGCUUCAUCUCAUGAGUAA